AUGGAAUCAGCGUCGCAUAUGCCCACAUUCCCAGCACCACAUCUUCCCGACGAAAUCAUUUCCGAGAUCCUCGCACCUGCCCUUGACGUCGACGACGACCUUUUCACCCAGUCCUUGGGCACCGGCCGCCACUCGCCAUUUGUGCGUUUCUCAGAGUCCCCCUCUGCCUAUCUCGUCGUCUGCAAGGCCUGGCUGCGGGUGGCGACGCCGCUGCUCUACAACGUCGUCAUCAUUCGGUCCAAGGGACAGGCCCAGGCGCUCGCGGCCGUGCUCAGCAACAACCCGCUGUUGGGGUCGUUUAUCCGCAAGCUGCGUGUCGAGGGCGGCUAUGGCGCGUCGAUGUAUAAGGUGCUGACCAAUGCACCGAACAUCACCGACCUUUUUCUCGCGUUCAACAUGUACAGCGCGGACAAGACGGACGGGCUGUGCAGGGGACUGGAGCGCGUCAACCCGCGGAGAGUCAUCCUGGAUACGGGGGAGUACAGAUCCAACAACGCCACGCUGGAGCUGGGGGACGCUUUGGUAGCCGCUAUACCGAAGUGGGACCGUUUCGUCUGUCUCGACAUCGCCGCCGCCCACACCAGCCUCCCAUUCAUACCAUGCGCCAUUGCCGCCAGCAGAACGCUAACGCACAUCGUCGUCGGGAGCUGCUACGAAGCUACAUCUGUCUAUACUCACUCUACGCAGUGCCCAUUGCGCAUACUCGAAAUCAAAUCCAAGAGAUUCGAAUGGAGCAUGUUUACCCUUUCGUACCUGCAUGAUCUCGAGGAAAAGUUCAAGACAGGCGGACGUGCAAUAGAACUGAGGCGGCCGGCUGACAUCAACGAGACGCCUCGCCCAUCCGUCUCGUCGACCAGGAAUAUCGACAUCAUGGUUGUGCGAAAAAAACCGGAUCCCUGUUACCGGCCCAUGGCGGAUGUGGCAUUUGAUGUCCAGAAGCGCAUCUGGUCCAGCAUUUUCUAUUUUGCUCUAUCCGACAGUGGCUGGCCCCCGGCGUGGCGCGCCCGCAACCGUCAACCGCACAACUUGCUUCUUGUGUCAAAGCUGUUUCUGGCCGCUGGAUCCAGGUGGGUCUAUCAGAACGUCGUGCUACGAUCCUUUCGGGACUGGCCGCUACUCGCAAGGACCCUCGAUUCAAACCUAGCAUAUGCACGAUAUAUUCACUCGGUGUCGCUGACCAAUCCGAGCAUAUGUGUGGCCGACCAAGACCACAAUGCCUUUCUCGAUGCGCUCCUGCGAAUUGUGCUUCCCUCUCUGCGUCACCUCAAAUUUCACUGUGCAAUCGCAUCCUAUUGUCAUUGGCUUUUCCUCAUCCAUGGGCAUCACCUCAUAACGCUGCGCGUCUCCGUCAACACCCUCCGUGCGAUGCGAAACGAUCCCGGUCGUGUGGCCGGAUCAGAGGUGUCGAGUCCGGCGGCCUCUGUGUUUGACCUAUGCCCUAAUCUCACACACAUGACCCUGGACAGCAGCGACAAAUACUCAAGCUCAGUCGCCACCAUCGACCUGCUCGCCACGCAAAACGCGCACCGCGCGCUGCAUACGCUCACAUUCUGUAUCUUUUACUCGGCGAACCGCGACCACGGUCGGGAAUGGGCGCCGUUCUUUGCGGAGCUUGCGGCGCGCGUUAUUCCGCGCUGCCUCCCCACGCUGCGGGACGUCGUCCUCGACGCGCACUUCGAGUGGCCGACUGCCGAACGGGACAUCGGCAGGAACCCCUGGGUGGGCAUCGCGGACGACUUGAUUGCUGCCGGGGUGCGGGUCAAGAACCGGAACGGGACGCGCUGGCGCUCGCGGCUGAAGACGGCCGGCGGGCGGAGGACGGCCCGGGCGAGCACGCAGAGCAAAGGUAGCGCGUCCCCGACUCAGACGAGACGCCUGCGACUCGGAACGCGGGCGGCCGGGGCGAUUGAGGGUUAG